AUGCAGGGAGUCUGGAGCUAUAUCGUGAUGGCUGGUCCUGAUCAGUCCAAAAUCGUCCAGUUUCGAGCUGAGGACUCUUUGAUCGAUACCAACAAUAUUACCCUUGCAAAGACAGUUCAUCCUGAAUUUGUGGCUGGCUGCAAGUAUCUUGGGACCAUAGGCGAUCCUCGACCACUCUAUGUCUACGAGAUGGAUAAAGUUCCUGGACUUGCUCACAUUAUGGCGCGUAUUCCAUCAGACGAUAUGAGUCGACAGUAUAGAACUAUCAAGGACCUUGCAAAGUAUGAAUGA